AGAGGGGUGCCUUUCUCUCCCCUUCCAUGGGGCUGAUAAGACAGGAGCCCGGUUUGCAGGUAGAGAAGCACAUUCCUUGGAGGCUGGGAGCCCAGGGUGGGGGUGAAAUGUGCAGGGAGCAGCGGCUGGGUCCCAUGCACAUGUCCCUUCUCAGGGCCGAGGGGUGUCAUCAGUUAGGGACUGAGACCCAGCAGGACUGGGCCUUCAUUACCAGGUCCUGGAGGCACCAGUUUCACUGUUCCAACCCCAGCCACCUCCAAGUACUUAUGAAGUGAAGCCCUGGGCUUUGCAUGUCCCAGAGGCCUAGGUGACCUGGGCAGGUAGUGUGCUGGACUGUCACAGCUACUUAGCCAUCUGUCCUGAGCAGCACAGCUGCAGACCUGCCGUUCAGGCCGCUUUGCCUCUCCUGGGCUGAGGACCUUGGCAGGAGGGGGACCUGUGGUCCCUUGGCAAGGUGAUGAUGAGUCUGCUUCCCAGGCCACCUCACUGGCCUCGGGACCCUGCCUGCUGCAGAACAAGGAGCCCAGGGAUCCUGGGUCUAGGAACACCCAGGGGACCCUGACUCCUCCCUCUAUCCAGGCUCUCCCAGGGCCCAUAGGCAAAACAGCACCCACCCACUGAGCUGGCUUUCUUCUUCACUGCCUCCCACACCACGAGAGACUCUCAGGAGCCCCCAGUGACAACCCCAAAACCUGACAGGCCUAGUGGUGAGGACUGGACAGUCUUGCCUCUUCAGCAUGGGUUCAAUCCCUGGUCUGGGAACUGAGAUUCCCACAUUAAGCCGCUGCAGAUCUCAGCCGAAAAAACAACAACAACAAAACAAAACAAAACAAAAAACAAAAAGUGGAGAGGGAGGGAGGGUGGUGGAAAUGCCCCCUACCCCAGGAAGCCCUUCCUGAAGGGACCAGAACCCACCUACCUUCUGUUAGGACUCUAUUAGGGCCCCAUACCCUCAGUUUAAAAUGUAUUUUAUUUUGAAGGCAGCAUGUGCGUGUGGAAACAAAGGGGAAGAAGCAGAAAUAAGAUGAGAAACAAGACGACUGCUGGAGGUGGACCUGGUGCCCCCCCCCAUCUCCUGGCUCAUGGACCCCAUAACUGUGGGUCCACUGGGACGGACGCAUCUUGGCGCACAGGCCGGCCAGCCUCUCACGCUGUAGAUCCCCGGGCUGCAACGCGAGACUGGUUCUCUGGUCGGCUUUCCAAGUCACAGGCUCUGCCAGGACGGACAGAUGAGAGGCCUCCAGAGACUGAUGUGGGCCCCAGGCUCCGCCGACUAAGGAUUCAGUGGCUUUUCAGCCUCAGAGCAACGGAAAGGGAGGGAUGGAGGAUGAACAGGCACAGUUGUUACAUCCUCGGACCCAGGCGACCGGCCUCCCCUGGGGAGUGGGGCACCGCCCUCAAUACCCGGUGCGCCUGCGCAGGUGUCUCGGCCUCAGUCACUGGACGAGGAACUCCGGAAUUAAUUUCUGCUGUCCUGGAGACCUGCUCAGUUCUCAUGAGGCACUGCAUGACUUGCUGCUUGGUUCAGGGUAGGAUCCUGCUCCUGACCAUCUGUGCAGCUGGCAUUGGUGGGACUUUUCAAUUUGGCUACAACCUCUCUAUCAUCAAUGCCCCAACCUUGCACAUUCAGGAAUUCACCAAUGAGACGUGGCAGAUGCGAACCGGCCAGCCACUGCCCGAUCACCUGGUGCUGCUGGUGUGGUCCCUCAUCAUAUCUCUGUAUCCCCUGGGGGGCCUCCUUGGAGCGCUGCUUGCUGGGCCCCUGGCCAUCAAGCUGGGAAGGAAGAAGUCCCUGCUGGUGAAUAACAUCUUUGUGGUGGCUGCAGCGACCCUGUUUGGCUUCAGCCGCAGAGCAGGCUCCUUUGAGAUGAUCAUGCUGGGAAGGUUGCUUGUGGGGGUCAGCGCAGGGGUGAGCAUGAAUGUCCAGCCUAUGUACCUGGGGGAGAGCGCCCCCAGGGAGCUCCGUGGGGCCGUGGCCAUGACCUCAGCCAUCUUCACUGCCCUGGGCAUCGUGAUGGGUCAGGUGGUGGGACUCAGGGAGCUCCUGGGUGGCCCACAGGCCUGGCCCCUGCUGCUGGCCAGCUGCCUGGUGCCCGGGCUGCUCCAGCUGGCCUCCCUGCCUCUGCUCCCUGAGAGCCCGCGCUACCUUCUCAUUGACCGUGGAGACUCUGAGGCCUGCCUGGCAGCGCUGCAUCGGCUGCGGGGUCCGGCGGACCUGGCGGGGGAGCUGGCGGAGCUGGAGCAGGAGCGCAUCGCCUGCCUGGGCCGCCACGCACGGCGUCCUUGGGAGCUGUUCGGGAACCGAGCUCUGCGGAGGCAGGUGGCCAGCCUGGUGGUGCUGGGUGGGGCCAUGGAGCUGUGCGGAAAUGACGCGGUGUACGCCUACGCGUCUGCCGUGUUCCUCCAGGCGCGAAUCCCCCCAGACAAGGUCCAGUAUGCGGCCAUCGGGACCGGAGGCUGCGAGCUGCUGGCGGUGCUGGUCAGCUGUGUGGUGAUCGAGAAGGUGGGCCGGCGGAUGCUGCUGAUGGGGGGCUACGGCCUGAUGACCUGCUGGGCGAGCAUCUUCACCACAGCCCUGUGCCUGCAGAGCUCAUUCCCCUGGAUGCCAUACCUGGCCAUGUCCUGCAUCUUUGCCUUCAUCCUCAGUUUUGGCAUCGGCCCUGCUGGAGUGACUGGGAUCCUGGCCACAGAGCUGUUUGACCAGACGACCCGGCCUGCUGCCUACAUGGUCUGCGGGGUGCUCAUGUGGACCAUGCUGUUCGUGGUGGGGCUGGGGUUCCCCUUCAUCAUGGAGGGCUUGUCCCACUUCCUCUAUGUGCCUUUCAUCUGUGUCUGUGUCUGCGGGGCCGUCUACACUGGCUUGUUCCUCCCUGAGACCAAAGGCAAGACCUUCCUGGAGAUCGCUGAGGAAUUGCACAGACUCAACUUCCCCAGAUGGAGCCAGGACCCAGAGUGGAGGGGCCCGGGAGUUAUCCAGGCCACAGAGCUCUAGCUCGGCAGGUGUGGCUGGGGCCCAGCCAGCUGCUCUCCCCUCUGGCCCUCUCCAUUACUAAGCUCCCUCAUUCCCUCAUUUAGUGAGUGCCUGUUGAGCACCUACUAUGUGCAGACAUGGUGCUCGGCCGUCAGUGGUGACUCGGAGAGAUGGAAUUUGAGACCUCUUGGUGCUCCCUGUCUAGAGGCAGUUAACAGGAAACCACUAGAAACAAUUACAGGGAGUUCCCAAUGUGGCUCCAUAGGUUAUGAACCCAACUAGUAUCCAUGAGGAUGUGGGUUUGAUCGUG